AUGCCCGCGGGUGGCGGCGAGGUGUUCAAGUGCACGCCCGUCUUUAUUCUUGGUGAAGCGGAACAGCAGUGCAGCAGCGACAGCGGCAGCGACACCGUCUCCGAGAUCUCGACCGACAGCUCGAGCGAUCGUAGCAGCAUCUACUCGGAUGACUCCCUGGAUUUUAUCCUGUAUGGUAAAAGCCAGGGUAGAGCGAGCUAUCCGUUUACCGCCGCCGACGCGACCGCCGAUAGGUGGGAACAGCAGAGGCAUCAUCGCACCGCGCACAGAGUGUGGCCGCGCGAGUGCAGUGGCGUCGUCAGCAAGGCGCUCAGCCGUUUCACGUCAGAAACUUCGUCCAGCGGAACGAAGAUUGCGAAGAUCCCGACACCGCCGACGGCGACGGCAGUAAUGCGCGGCGGCAGCAAGGCUGGCCUCGAGGCUCUCCGCGAGCGGAGCGGUAAUCUGGUGGUUAUCAGGGAGCCUGUCCGCGCCGGCAGGUAUACCAGGUAUAGCGAGGUGCAGUGCGAGUCGGUGCAGGCGCGGAUUCGGCGGUUCCAGGUGCACGAAGCUUCGUAA